AUGGCGGCAAUGGAGGAGCUGGAGAUUCACAGCAAGUCUUACUUCGUCCGAUGGAUCAGCGUCAGUGCCAACCACACGAUCUCCUGGAGCAUUCAACCGCACAAGAAGUCCGUGAAUUUCGGACUCUUCAAGCACCCCGGUCAGAACUCGCUGAGCUCCCACCUGCCGGCCUCCGAUUCCCACAGCACCGAUUCGGCUGAAAACCUGCCGGCCACCUCUGGCGCCCGCGAUCAACAACCCACCGUCAUCGACAAGUUAACGGCCAUUGGACUCAAAUCGAUCAAGUGGAUUGGCAAGUGUGAGGCCGACAAGAUCUCCCAAGGCACCUAUGAUGUCCCUUCCACCGAAGCGGGCAACUAUGCGCUCGUAUUCGACAACACAUUCUCCAAACAGACGUCCAAGACAGUCACCCUCGUUCUCUUGACCUACCCGAUUGGCGUGAAGCCUCGUGGCUCCGCACCGCCCUCGAUUGCCCGCUCCAUACAUGGUGCUUCUACCGAGUCCCUACACCAGCCUCGGACGCGCCGCCGAGGGAACAGCCGGUCUACCCUCAACGCGCAGCUGUCGGAUUCAUCGGGCUCGUCGACGGUGCACACGGGAUUGCUGCAGAAACGCCGGCGGAAGCGACACCAAGGUUGGGCACGUCGGUUCUUCUCCCUCGAUUUUACCUCGUCUACACUGUCCUAUUACCAUGAUCCAAACUCGUCCGCGCUGCGCGGCGCCAUACCGCUCACAUUGGCUGCGGUAGCCACGAACGAGAAGACCCGUGAGAUUUCCAUCGAUUCAGGAACUGAAAUUUGGCAUCUUCGUGCAAGCAAUGAGCAAGACUUCGCGGCCUGGAAGCGUGCGCUCGAGAAGGCUUCAAAGAAGGACUUGUCGAAGGAGAAUGAGCUCACCGUUGUCGGACCCCCAGAGCUCCGGCUGACCACGCCUGCAUCUCCUGAUCCGGCGGAGGAGGCGGAAUGGACUCGAGUGCACAGCCUUGUAGGCAGAGUGUCUGGAUCGCGGGAUGCUGUGCGCCGACUGGCCAGAGACACUGACCCCAAGUAUCUCACUACGCCUCUUCCUUCUUCCGCCGACCAGCGUGCUGAGGCUCGUCCGUCGAGCCCGCAGGCCGCUCCUGCUGAUACUCCGGGCGCCGAAUUCAAACGCCCAUUCUGGAAGCGCAAGACCAGCGCGAACUCGCAAUCUAGUGCCAAACGGCCCCCUGGGCCGGAGCAAACGAACUCGAGUUCAUCUCAGUUAGUUGUGCCAUCUAAAGAUGGAUCGGGAAGACCUGCCAGCAUUGCUAGCCAUACGGAUGGAAUGGAUGAGAUUCAUGAUAAUCUCAUGGCAGUUCUGCGUGAUCUUGAUAAUGUGGUCUCAGAAUUCUCGACGCUGAUUGCAGAGAGCAACCAGCGCCGUCACCCGCCUCGAUCCGCAAUACAGCCGCGCCGCAGUAUGGAGUCAGAUAUCUCACAAGAGUUUUUCGAUGCGAUGGAUGGAGGCGCUACUUCUCCGCUCCUCACGAUCCAAGACAGUGAUGACGAAGGUGCAAACGGAGACCGGGCUGCUGAUGAUGCGGAAGAUGUCGAGGACGAUGCACCUUCCGACAGUGAAGAUGAGACCGAGGCGUCUGCGCCACAUGAUGGUGCUGGCGCUUCCUCAUUGUUCCCCGCUCGACCGAAGUCCUUAGCUCCAUUACCGCUGGAUCGCGUGCGUCGUCGUCAGAAUAUCCUCGCUCCCACCGUCCUGCCUCCAAGCUUGAUUGGCUUCCUGCGCAAGAAUGUUGGCAAGGAUUUGUCUCAGAUCUCAAUGCCUGUAUCUGCAAACGAGCCUCUGUCCCUUCUGCAGCGUGCAGCCGAAAUCCUGGAAUACUCGUCUCUGCUCGAUAAGGCAGCUCAGUCCUCAGACGCUGUCGAACGGCUGAUGUACAUCACCUCCUUUGCCCUCUCCUCGCUCUCCAGCAACCGAGUCCGCGAACGCUCCAUCCGCAAACCCUUCAACCCAAUGCUCGGUGAGACUUACGAACUUGUCCGCGAAGACUACGGCUUUCGCUUCAUUGCCGAGAAGGUCUCCCAUCGUCCCGUUCAACUCGCCUACCAAGCCGACAGCCGCGAAUGGAGUCUCGCCCAGUCGCCCAAGCCCAGCCAGAAAUUUUGGGGCAAAUCCGCUGAGAUCACGACCGAGGGACGCGUCCGCAUCACCCUCCAUGCCACCGGCGAGCACUUCAGCUGGACUCCCGCGACCUCAUUUCUGCGCAACAUAAUCGCUGGCGAGAAAUAUGUCGAGCCCGUUGGCGAGCUAACCGUUGCAAAUGAGACCACCGGCCACCGCUCCAUCUCCACAUUCAAAGCGGGCGGCAUGUUCUCCGGCCGCAGCGAGGAAGUCUCCACCCGCGCCGUCGACUCCUACAACAAGCCUCUUGCUCUCGGCCUUGCCGGCACCUGGCCCGCCGCCCUGUCUAUCACCCGUGACGGCUCCUCCACCGGCAGCCCCAUUUGGACUGCGGGGCCCCUCGUCCCCAGCGCCCCCAAGCACUAUGGCAUGACGGCGUUUGCCGCCGCUCUCAAUGAAGUCACGUCCAUUGAGGACGGGCACCUCCCGGGCACAGACUCUCGGCUACGUCCGGACCAGCGCGCGCUCGAGGACGGCGAUCUCGAUCGCGCCGAGGAGCUCAAGGUCCAGCUGGAAGAGGGCCAACGCGCGCGCAGGCGUGAUAUGGAAGCUGCUGGUGAGAACUGGACGCCGCGCUGGUUUACGCGGGCCAGUGAGGACGCGGAUGGGGAGGACGUGUGGCGGUUGAAGGGAGGCAAGGAUGGGUAUUGGGAGGAGCGUGCACGCGGCAGCUGGUCAGGCGUUGUGUCUGUGUUCGAGACGAACUAG